GAUUGAUUCCAGAGGAUCUCCUUCCUCAGAGUCUCACUCCGACUCUGGGUUUCCAUCCAGCCGUGUGUCCCUGAAGAGUGACCGGUCUAUGGGGAAACCCAUUGGCUUUAAAUCAGGACCAGGAUCUGCUGAUGAGGGCGUCAGCCAGCAGAGCUCCCAGGUUCCCCGUGGAGGCUCCGCCCCUCAGCAUCAAACACAUCUGGACUCCAUCUUUAUGCUGCUGGAGGACAACAUGGUGGCUUUCAUGAAGGAGGAGCUGAAGAAGAUGAAGAAGCUCCUGAGUCCAGAUUACCCAGCAUGCUCAGAGAGUGAGAGAGAGGAUGAGGAUGAGGAUGAAGAGCAGAGGAGCAGCAGAGAGUCAUUUCUGAGGAUGACUCUGGACUUCCUGAGGAGGAUGAAGCAGGAGGAGCUGGCUCAGCGUCUGAGGAGCAGAACUUCUGCUGCAGUCUGCCAACAGAAGCUGAAAUGUGGCCUGAAGAAGAGGUUCCAGUGUGUGUUUGAAGGAGUCUCUAAAGCAGGAGAGUCCACCUUCCUGAACCAGAUCUACACAGAGCUCCACAUCACAGAGGGAGGGGCUGCAGAGGUCAAUCAGGAACAUGAGGUCAGACAGAUUGAAGCAGCAUCCAGGACAGCAGACAGAGCGGAAACAAGCAUCAGACCAGGAGACAUCUUUAAAGCCUCACCUGGAAGAUCUCAACCAAUCAGAGCAGUGCUGACAAAGGGAGUGGCUGGCAUUGGGAAAACAGUCCUGACUCAGAAGUUCACUCUGGACUGGGCUGAAGACAAAGACAACCAGGACGUCCAUUUCAUAUUUCCAUUCACCUUCAGAGAGCUGAAUGUGCUGAAGGAGAUGAAGUUCAGCUUGGUGGGACUUGUUCAUCACUUCUUCAAGGAAACAGAAGAAGCAGGAAUCUGCAGCUUUGAAGACUUCCAGGUGAUCUUCAUCUUUGAUGGUCUGGAUGAGUGUCGACUCCCUCUGGACUUCCAGCACACUGAGUUCCUGACUGAAGUUACAGAGUCCACCUCAGUGGAUGUUCUGUUGACAAGCCUCAUCAGGGGGAAACUGCUUCCCUCUGCUCGCCUCUGGAUCACCACACGACCUGCAGCAGCCAAUCAGAUCCCUGCUGACUGUGUGGACAGGGUGACAGAGGUCCGAGGGUUCACUGACCCCCAGAAGGAGGAGUACUUCAGGAGGAGGUUCAGAGAGGAGGAGCAGGCCAGCAGGAUCAUCUCCCACAUCAAGACCUCCCGAAGCCUCCACAUCAUGUGCCACAUCCCGGUCUUCUGCUGGAUCACUGCUACAGUUCUGGAGAAGGUGUUGGAGAGCAGAGAGGGAGGAGAGCUGCCCAAGACCCUGACUCAGAUGUACAUCCACCACCUGGUGGUCCAGGCCAAAGUCAAGAAGGUCAAGUAUGAUGGAGGAGCUGCCACAGAUCCACACUGGAGUCCAGAGAGCAGGGAGAUGAUGAAAUCUCUGGGAAAACUGGCUUUUGAGGAGCUGCAGAAAGGAAACCUGAUCUUCUAUCCAUCCGACCUGACAGGGUGUGGCAUCGAUCUCAGAGCAGCCUCAAUGUACUCAGGAAUGUUCACACAGAUCUUCAUAGAGGAGAGCGGCCUGUACCAGGACACGGUGUUCUGCUUCAUCCAUCUGAGCCUUCAGGAGUUUCUGGCUGCUCUUCAUGUCCAUCAGACCUUCAUCAAGUCUGGAAUCAACCUUCUGGAAGAACAACAGCAAAAGUCCCGGUGGUCAAAAGUGUUGACGAAGAAACCUACUCUUUACCAUCUCCAUCAGAGAGCAGUGGACAAGGCCUUGAAGAGUCCAAAUGGACACCUGGACUUGUUCCUCCGCUUCCUCCUGGGUCUUUCACUGCCGACCAAUCAGAGUCUCCUUCGAGGUCUGCUGAAACAGACAGGAAGUAGCUCAGAGACCAAUCAGGAAACAGUCCAGUACAUCAAGGAGAAGCUGAGUAAGAGUCUGUCUGCAGAGAGAAGCAUCAAUCUGCUCCACUGCCUGAAUGAACUGAAUGAUGGUUCUCUAGUGGAGGAGAUCCAACAGUCCCUGAGAUCAGGACGUCUCUCCACAGACAAACUGUCUCCUGCUCAGUGGUCAGCUCUGGUCUUCAUCUUACUGUCAUCAGAAGAAGAUCUGAAGGAGUUUGACCUGAAGAAAUACUCUGCUUCAGAGGAGGCUCUUCUGAAGCUGCUGCCAGUGGUCAAAGCCUCCAACAAAGCUCUGCUGAGCAGCUGUGGUCUGUCAGAGAGAAGCUGUGGAGCUCUGUCCUCAGUUCUCAGCUCUCAGUCCUCCAGUCUGACACAUCUGGACCUGAGUAACAACCAGCUGCAGGAUUCAGGAGUGAAGCUACUGUCUUCUGGACUGGAGAGUCCUCACUGUAAACUGGAAGCUCUCAGGUUGAGCAGCUGUGGUCUGUCAGAGAGAAGCUGUGGAGCUCUGUCCUCAGUUCUCAGCUCUCAGUCCUCCAGUCUGACACAUCUGGACCUGAGUAACAACGACCUGCAGGACUCAGGAGUGAAGCUACUGUCUUCUGGACUGGAGAGUCCUCACUGUAAACUGGAAGCUCUCAGUCUGUCAGGGUGUCUGGUCUCAGAGGAAGGCUGUGCUUCUCUGGUCUCAGCUGUGAGAUCCAAGUCCUCCCAUCUGAGAGAGCUGGACCUGAGCUACAACCAUCCAGGAGACUCAGGAGUGGAUGAGCUGUUUGCUGCAGUGGAGGAUCCCCAGUGCAGUUUGGAGACUCUCAGGGUGGACCAUGGUGGACAGCAGAGGCUCAAACCUGGUCUGAGGAAGUAUUUCUCUCAACUUCAACUGGAUGAAAACUCAAUGAGCAGAGAGCUCAAACUGUCCAACAACAACAGGAAGGUGACACAUGAGUGGGGAGAGCAGCCGUAUCCUCAUCAUCCAGACAGAUUUGAUGUCUAUAAACAGCUGCUGUGUCGAAAUGAUCUGAGUGGUCGAUGUUACUGGGAGGUCGAGUGGAGCAGAGGUGUUGACAUAUCAGUGAGUUACAGUGGAAUCAGAAGGAAAGGAGGCAGUGAUGAGAGUAGGUUUGGAGGGAAUGAUCAGUCCUGGAGUCUGAGGUGCUCUGGUUUCGGUUACUCUGUCUGGCACAAUAACAGAGACACACCCAUCUCCUUCCUCUCCUCCUCCUCCUCCUCGUUCUCCUCCUCUGGUAGAGUAGCAGUGUAUGUGGACUGUCCUGCUGGCUCUCUGUCCUUCUUCAGAGUCUCCUCUGACUCUCUGAUCCACCUCCACACCUUCAACACCACAUUCACUCAACCUCUUUAUGCUGGAUUUCACUUUUGGCUCCCUGGUUCUUCAGUGAGUCUGUGUCCUCUGUAG